UCAACAGUGUUAGGGACAAAAUGAAGGCGUUAACAUUAGUUUUAUUGUGUAUUACAGUGGGGUUUAGUUCAGGCUACCUCAUCAGGGUCCCUACGUUACCAACACAGGCGAAGAUCGCACCAAUAGGAUGGGUCCACAUUCAGAAGCUGAUGCUCCCACUCGUAGAAAACGUUUGUGAGGAUAGCACUAACGCGAUGGUCGUGCAACUGGCCAAGGAUUUCUCUCUGGACGUAGCCAAUGGAAAUUAUACGAAAGCGGGGGUCGUGGAAUAUCUUCGCAACCUUAAAACCAGUAAAGGAUUCUUGCCAAAAGGCGAAAUAUUUACUGAAUACAACAAAGACCAUGUCGAUGAAUUGAAGGGUUUAUUCGAACUUUUCUAUUAUGCCAGAGACUUUGACGCUUUCUACAGAGCGGCGGCUUGGGCUCGGCAAAACAGCAACUGUGGACUGUUUAUUGAUGCUUUAUAUUUAGCUAUUCUAAAUAGAAGAGAUACUGAAAAGAUAUCUGUACCGCCACCUUACGAGCUUUUGCCUAACUACUUCAUCAACCGAGAUGUCGUAAUAAAGGCGUCAUUUCUACUAACCGGUGAUGAUCAGACUCCUUCAGAGGACGUUAGGAUUGAAGGAAACUCUUACAUCCUCGAUGCUAAAUACACAUCAGAACUUGACGACAGUGACGAUGAAGCCAAACUUGCGUAUUUUAGAGAAGAUGUCGGGUUAAACACCUUCUACUUUUUAAGGAAACUGAGAAAUUCUCUUUGGUUUGACACACCAUCUAACACUAAUGAUUUUUAUGGUGAAAAAAUGUUCCAAAUGAUGAAACAGUUUUCAGCUAGAUACGAUUUAGAAAGAUACUCGCUUGAGUUGCCAGAAUUAGAAGGGUUCACUUGGGAUUCUCCAAUUGGUUCUUAUGACCCUAUGCUGAUUUACUCAAAUGGAAAUGAGUUUGUUCAUAGAUCAUUUGCUGGAGUACUAAAUGAAAAUGAAGAUAUAACAUUUUUGAAAACCAUUGAGAACAAUCUAGCAUCUGUUGUGACACACUUGAGACAAGCUGGCCACAAUAAAUCCCAGAUAUUAAAUCAACUCAUUGAGUUACUUGUGACGUCGGAAAGAAACUAUGAAACAGUCGCUCGGAAAUUACUUGGAUACGACUCAAACGUGAAUGAAAGGCAAUGCUCUGUCUUAGAACACUACAUGACUACGUUGAGAGACCCAGUUUUUUGGCAAAUAAAUAAGAAAAUAGUGCAAUUAAUUGACAACGCCCUUAAAGUUCUUCCAACGUACACAAGGAACGAGCUGUAUUUCCCAGGAGUCGAGGUACUCAGUGUAGACAUAAAGAAGAUGAUGACUAGCUUUGACAGCUUCGAAUUUGAUGUCACUAAUUCCUUGAAGACAACAACUACCAACACCACUUUCCAAGUAAAAGUAGCGCAACCACGACUUAACCACAAACCAUUCAGUAUCAAGCUUAACAUAUCAUCAUUAGUAACUAAGAAAGCUUUUGUCAAAAUAUACCUAGGACCAAAAAUGAUGCCAGGUGAAUUAGCAUCGAAAAAACACUUGUUUGUCUUAUUAGACAUGUUUGAACUGAAUCUCAAGAGAGGUGCUAAUGGAGUAACGAGGUCUUCAGAUCAAAUGACAAGCUUUUCUGAUGAUUUCAUAUCUUUGAGAGAUCUCAAAAAGAAAGUAGAAGACGCUGAAUUUGGGUUGGAUGCUUUGCCGUUAAAGACGGUUGAAUCGCAAAUCGGAUACCCCUCAAGGCUGAUUCUACCUAAAGGCUUACCGACGGGACUUCCGUUACAAAUGUUUGUAUUUGUAGCUCCCUUCUAUAAAAGUACGAUUGGCGCAUCAUCGUCUAUGGCUAACAUGGAACUAAAUACAGCAAUAUUGUCACCUGGUUAUCCUUUGGAUUUGGCAAUAGGAACCAAACAAUUAUUUGGCCUACCAAAUGCGUUUGUAAAGGACAUAGUUAUCACACAUAAGAGUGAAACCAAACCAAAUGGAGGCUAUGGAGGAAGGCCUAGCCCAAACCGACCUUAUGACUAUUCACAAACAGAAUUCAACGUAAACAAAGACAAUUACGAUGAAGUUCCCCAAGAAAUAGACAUAGAUAUGUACAAUUAUGAUGAUUCAUUGUUAGUACAUGGAUUAGUAGGUGAAAGACCCGACUUCACUAACAAGAAACCUAACAAUAACGAUUAUACCGCCCAAAAUAGUCAAUACAGAAGAAAAGACGACUAUGCUAAUAAGAGGACCGACUUUAGAAAAAAAGACUAUGGUAAUAUCGGCACUGAUAAACAACCUGAACCUUUAUCUCAAGUUGCAGGUUUGGAUGUUAACAAAGAUGUACAAACCAAUUUGGAUACUGUUUCGGACAAAAUUAAUAGCACUGUUGACAAAGUACACGGACUUUUAGGUGAAAGGCCAGCUUUUACUUAUAAGAACAAAGAUUCAAGUUUUACGGAAAAUAAAAAUCAAUACAGGAAUAAAGGAGAUUAUGCCUAUAAAAAAGUCGAGUACAAAAAAGUAGAUUACCAAACAGUGACUGAUAAAAUAGAAAAGGACAAAAAAGAUGAAGAAUAUAAGAAUAACAAUGUCAAUAAUAUAAGUGAUCCUAAGAAUUCUUAUAAUAAAAUACAUUCUUCCAAAAACUCAGACCAGGUUGUGACAGAUUAUGAAGAUAGCAUGACUGACGACUUACUUAAUAAUAAUAAAAUAGCAGUACACGGUUUGCUAGGAAAAAGUACUGAUGAUUAUCCCGCUCAGAAAAACAAAUACGAAAUAAAGAAGGAUAACUAUAUCAAAAAAGCAGAAACAAAAAAAAUUGACUAUCGUAAAAAAGCUUUUGAGAAAAAAGCUAAAGAAACAGGAGUUCUUGAUUAUUCAUUACUUGAGAAACCAGAAGAUUCUACUUUCACCUACCAAGAUAGGAUCGUCGAUAGUGACGAAGAAAAAGCGGACAAUUACAAAGUAUUAGAAAACAAAAUCAUAAAAAAUAUGAACAAAACGAUUAACAAGGAUAUUGGUGUCGAUAAAGUUAUUAAAGAUUUGAACAACAAGUCCAUAUUUAAAGACAUUGGCAGUAACACACGAACGGGUAGUGAUGCUGAUUAUAAAGAUGUGUCCAUUAAUGGAAACAAGAAAAUCAAUAAAGAUAUUGUGAAAAAUAAAGAUAUUACUAAGGUCCCAUCUUCAAAGGAUGAUGACUCUAUAGACUCAUAUUUACGCAAUUAUGAUCAAGUAUCUAAGACGAUCGAUAAAACUAUAAAUAAAAACAAAGACGUUAAUAUGAAGAAUAAAAAAUAUGAUUCAAAAUCAAAGGAAGACUCCCGAGAAGUCCAUUUUAAUGUAUAUGAUCCAAAAACGCAUACAUCAAUCGACAUUGCUACGAAUAAUUCAGAUUCUGUCGAAAACAAACAUUUUUCAAUUACAGUGGACGAAUCAAACGACAAUAAGACUGACCAUGAAGACAAUUUUGUUAAGACUAUUUACAAGGAUAAUAAAAAUAAAGAUAUAUCAAAGAUACCAUACGAAAAAUACGGAGAAAAUUUAAAUCCGUAUGCACCUGCGGUAACUACAGAGAGGACCAAGAAGCGUGUAAGUGUGUACGAUUUCAUAUUUAACCCCAUAAAUUAUGAUGACGAAGAUUCGCGAGUUUACGAAUAAGGAAUUACCAAUAGUAUGAUAUAGUUUUAUACAGAUUUUUACCCUUUGUUAUGUUGUUAUUGAUCUGUUGUG